GCGCCCCCGCCCCGCCCGCGCCGCCGCCGCCGCCGCUGUCACCGUCACCGCCACCGCUGUCAGCAGCCGGCUCCGGUGCGGACACCCCCGCAGCAGCGGCAGGAACCUUUGCUGAGAGGUGGCAGAGCAGCCUCAGGACACCACCAUGAUGGAGGAUCACGCACCUGGCCAGGAAAAACACUUCUCAUCAGGCUAUCCCCUUCAGAUACCAGUCGAUGAUGGAUCGGAUGAGCCUGUUUCUGAAACUUCUGACGCUAAGAGCACCCCAACUACGGAAGAUGCCACAGCACCUUUAGUGGAGGAAGGAGACCACGAGGAGCAGGGUGGUGCGGAACAGCACGGGGAGAUCCCAGAAGGAACCACAGCCGAGGAGGCGGGCGUGGGAGCCACUCCCAACCUGGAGGACCACGCUGCAGGAGAUGCCACUCAAGCUCCGGGCGAGCCGGGCUCUGCCAAGCUCCAGCCUGGCCCUCAGGAGCGUGUGGGAGAGGCAGGGAAAGGUGCCAGCCAGCCUCCAGAGCAGGGGCUGGGCCCUCAGCAGCCGCCCCUGCCCCGUGAAGCCAAGGCUCCAGCAGCAGCUCCCACCAGGAUCGAGGUCACCAUCCCCAUCCCCCUGGACAUGUACCAAGGCUCUGGAGGCAGCAGUGCAGAGCCAGAGCUGGGUCUGGCAGGAGCAGGAGGCACAGGUGACCUCAAGGAUGGACCUUUGUGUGCCAGAGCCACCAUGAAGGAAGGUUCUGGUGGACGGGAGAGGGAUGAGGGCCGGGAUGCUGAUGAAACUCCUGGGCAGGGGUUGCCUUCCCUCGUGGAUCAGCGCGUUUCUCCGGGACCUGAAAAGGGCUCGUGGCCAGCAGCUGCCCAGGAGACUCGUGAAGAAUCUGAUGGAGAAAACAAGUCCAAAGGUGUCCUCAGAGACGCCCCAGGAGAGGCACUUGUGGUCGAAGCUGAGUCAGAUAAAGCAGGAGAGGACCAAGAGGAGAAGCGAGAGCUGCUGGGGGGAGAAGGAGGCGCAGACACCCCCCUGCCAGAGCCUUCUGGAAGUGUCCCCCAAAUAGAAGCUGAGCCCAAGGAGGGAGAAGACUCUGGGCCCGUGCUGGAAACAGCCAAACUCGCUGCUGAGGCAGAGGAUGGUGUGAAGGAUGAAGAUGCUGCCCCGGGAGAGGCUGUGCCAGCCUCGGGUGCCCGCCGGCCGCCCCGGAGGAAGCCGGGUGGCAUUGCCACGGACAAGGGCAGCCGUGUCCCUCUGCUCAAAGGUCGUGUUGACAAGGAAGGGACCGAAGCUGAUGAAAAGAAACCCAAGAAAUCCUCACCUUUGUGCCCUGCCAACCCCUGUGGCUCCACUGCCCCCAUGCAGCACGCGGCACCCAGUGCCUCCAAAGCACCCUGCAGCCCUGCCAGUGCCAGCCCCCGGCCUGCCAGCACGGGAAUGCAGGAAAGCAGAGCCAAGGGCCCGGAGGCGCGCGGUGGCUCCAAGACGGGCUCGGCGCGCGCGGGGCAGGCGCAGCGGAACUCCACCAACGCCACCCGCAUCCCGGCCAAGACCCCCACGGCCCCCAAGACCCCUCCCAGCUCCGGCAGAAAGGAGCAGAAAAAGCCACCUCCUGCAGCAGCAAAGACUGAGAAAGGUGAGCAGCCCAAGUCCGGAGACAGAAGCGGUUACAGCAGCCCCGGCUCCCCCGGGACUCCGGGCAGCCGUUCCCGCACCCCCUCUCUGCCCACCCCACCAGCCAGGGAGCCCAAGAAGGUGGCAGUGGUCCGCACGCCCCCCAAGUCGCCGGCCUCCGCCAAGACCCGCGUCCCGCCCGCCGCCGCGCCCAUGCCCGACCUGAAGAACGUCAAGUCCAAAAUCGGCUCCACCGACAACCUGAAGCACCAGCCCGGAGGUGGCAAGGUGCAGAUAAUUAAUAAGAAGCUGGACUUUAGCAGCGUUCAAUCCAAGUGUGGCUCAAAGGAUAAUAUCAAACACAUCCCGGGCGGAGGCAGUGUGCAGAUAAUUAAUAAGAAGCUGGACUUUAGCAGCGUUCAAUCCAGGUGUGGCUCAAAGGAUAAUAUCAAACACAUCCCGGGCGGAGGCAGUGUGCAAAUCGUUUACAAGCCGGUGGACCUGAGCCAUGUGACAUCCAAAUGUGGUUCCCUGGGCAACAUCCACCACAAGCCAGGUGGUGGCCAGGUGGAGGUGAAAUCUGAGAAACUGGACUUCAAAGAUAAGGUGCAGUCGAAAAUCGGGUCCCUAGAUAACAUCAGCCACGUCCCUGGAGGAGGCAAUAAAAAGAUUGAGACUCACAAGCUGACCUUCCGCGAGAACGCCAAAGCCAAGACCGACCACGGCGCCGAAAUCGUCUACAAGUCCCCGACCAUCUCCGGAGAUGCCUCCCCGCGCCGCCUUAGCAACGUCUCCUCCACCGGCAGCAUCAACCUGGUGGACUCCCCCCAGCUGGCCACGCUAGCCGACGAGGUGUCCGCCUCGCUGGCCAAGCAGGGCUUGUGAUCGCGGCGCGGCGGCCACCGGGAGAGAAGACGAGGAAAGGAAACGAAAAAGAAAAGAAACAAAAAUAAUAAUCUGGCCUUCUUCCUCUGUUCCUUUUACAGCUGCUUCCCCGUCCCUAACUGGUUAAUGAUUUAACCUGCUUUUACUGUUCAUUCAGCUCUAGCUCCAGGACUUCAAAAUCAGUGACACUAUGAGGUACAAAACCUCCUCUCCCCCUGCUCCUCGGAGCGCACAGCCCGUCCCGUCGCGUCCCCGCGCUGCCCCCGCUCCUGCCCUCGCUGUCCCAGCCCUGCCCGGGGCCCCGGCGAGGCGGGGAGGGGGCCCGAGGGGCGGCCACGGCAGCCCGGGGCAGCGGGUGGCGCUCCCGGGACGGGGCUGUGACCCGGCCCAGCCCGUGUCCCGCCGCUGGCCAGGGCUGCGGGGAGGCGCCCUCCCUCCCUGCCUGCCUCCUCCCCGCGUUAAAUUUGCCUGCUGAUUUGGAAGAAACCUUUUGUUUUUAUUUCCGAAAGCCGAGAUGUGUAUGAAGAUAACGGCCAGGUACCCCCUAACCCGCUCUCAGCUCCGGCAGCUGGAGUCCCGGCGAGGCCGGGUGCCCGCUCCGAGGGGCCCCGGGCGGCCGUUCCCCUCUCCGUGGCUGUGCUGGAACCGCUGAGUGGAUGAGUAGAGGCUUUUCCCCAUUCCUUUGGCAGCCCCUCGUGUCGUAGAGUAGAUUUGUCUGUAUAUGCUUGGACCGUGCCAGGGUGAUUGUUUUCAUAAACGAGCAUGUGUUUGAAAAAUAAAUGCUGUAAGUAGUUUUGAGCUGCCCCGCGCCGGCUCCGGCCGUGCCCAGCCCCGGUGCCGCAGGAGGAGCCCGGCACCGCAUGUCUGCCGGAGGAGGGGCACCCACAGCGCCAGGGCUGGGAUGGCUCCUGGAUUUGGGUGCAGCUUGUGACAUUUUUGGGUUGUUCUUUUUCUUUCCCUGCAAGGUCAGCUCAGCGAUGGCGGAGGUGGCAGCUCCAUGGCUCUGCUGUGCCGGUGGCAGCGGUGAGACCCCGGCAGGACGCGGGGGAGGCGGCAGCAGCUGCCCCAGCCCGGGGCCAGCGGCUGCUCCCUGGCACUGAAGCCCCUUUGCGGGCGCUCCCCGGUGCGAGUUGGCAGCAUCUCACCCCUCACACGGCACUGACCGCCCCAGCACACUCGGGGACAGGAGCCACUCGAGUUAUUGCUUUGGCCGCUCCUGUUCCUGUGGCUCCCUGGGAGCACGAGGGGUCCCGUGGCUGUCCCUGCCUGCCCCUUCCCUCUACAACCAAAGAGGCCGAGAUGCCACCAGAGCAGCUGUGUGUCCUCCUGCCCUGUCCUCCUGUCUCCCCCAGGGGCUCCAGCCGAGCUCUGGGGGUUCAGCUGGAGCUGGGAGGGCAGAGGGGCCCCUGCACCCCGGGCUGUGCUGCAGGGAAAGCCGUGCUUUCCCAGCAAGGGCUGCAAUCCUGGUCCGACAGGGCUGGCGGGGGGUCAGGGCCCCUGGUUGUCCUUGGGGUGGUGGCUGGGUGCCACCGAGGCUGCCAGAGCAGCUGUUCCUGGGCAGAGCAGCAAUUCCUCCCCGGACAGGACCUGUGGGAGCUGUGAACCCCCUGUUGCCCCUGUCCCUCUGCAGGGCUGGGCUCCCGCAGGCCUGGCUGUGGAUGGAGAUGGUCUGGGGGGUCCAACCCUUCUCUGUGCAGCCCCAGGAGCUGCUCUGUUGCUGGGGAGAGGCUGGUCCAGCAGCACCACCGUGUCCAGCUUGUCACUCGCUCCGUUCACUUGACUCCAUGAUUGUAAGACUCUGUGCUCCGUCCCUGACUCUGUAGCGCUGUAGGAGCCGCCGCGCUUUUUGUCCUUUGUAGAACGAGCAAGUUGGGAGAACCCUCAAAGCGUCACCUCCUUACCCCUCUGGGCUGCAGGACGGGGUAGCUGAGCUCGCCCGUCCUGUGCCACCCCUGUCCCCUCUGUGCAGCCCCUGAGGGACACCAGCACCCAGGCUGGGAUGGCCUCGGUGUGCAGUGAGCAGCCCCUUCCCACUCUGAGUGUCCUCAGCCCCGCUCUUGUCCCCGCCGGGGGCUGUGGGGAGCCAGGACAGCCCUUUACAGCCACCACGUCACCCGCUGUCCCCUCCAGCAGCCCGAGCCACGUCCCCUGCCCCAACCCUGCCUUCAGACCCAGGCCCGAGGCUCCGGUGAGCAGCCGGACACAACCCGACCCCCGGCUUUUCCUUUACUCCACACACAUCUUGGGUCUGAAAAGGGUUAAAACCGGCACUGAUUUAAAACAAAACAAAACAAAACAAAACAAAACAAAUCGUAUUUCUGCACUCCAAAAGAUUCUGCGUGUUAGCCAAGGUCGGUGCCAGCCUGUGUGGUGUUGGCAGCCCCGUGCCCCCCGCGCCGCGCCGGGGAGGGGAGGGAAGGUUUGAUCUCAGCGUAUCAUUCUAGCUUAGCUUCUGUCUGUGGGUGUCCAUAGUGUAUCGUGUGUUUAACAACUGGUUUACACUGUUGCCGUAAAAGUGAAUUUGGAAAUAAAGUCAUUACUACGAUAA